UUUUCAGUUUUAUUGUCAGUUCUAUAUCAAAUUUCCCAUUUCAUACAAGCAAAAUAAAUUUUGUUUCUUGUUAAAAUUUUAUUUAAGAAAAAAAAAUAUAUUAAUAAUGGAAAUUGAAUUAACUCCGGAUUUAAUUCUAUCGCAUGUGACAGUGAAAAAAAUAAUUGAAAAGAAAACUGAUCAUUUGGGUAAUAUUAUUAAUUUAAUGGAAUUGACACCAAAAUUAAUAUUUCUAAAAUCUUCAAACAGCAAAUGGAAUAAAUACGCAAUUAUUGAAUUUAAUUAUCAUUCAAUUGUUCAAAAUUUGAAUCAUCAAAUUUUAAGGAUAUUUUUGAAAAUUCGACACAUUAAAAAUGUGAAUAAUCAAUUUAGUCUUAUUAAAGCAAUUGGUUUAUUUUAUCGUGAAAUUGAAAUUUAUUCGUGUGUAUUUAAAAAAAUAUUGAAAACUGAAGACGAAGAUAUUGUGCCACAAUUUUUUCACGCUGAAAAUGAUGCUAUUUUAAUAAUUGAAGAUAUGAAAUCAAAAAAUUAUAGAAAAAUCAAUAAAAUGCGAGCUCUCGAUAUAUCGCAUUGUAUUGUUGUUUUAAAAUGUCUCGCAAGAUUUCAUGCGAGAUCAAUUAUUUAUCAUCAAAAAUUAGAAACAACAUUUCCUUUAAUUGGCUAUACAAAACAUUAUUCAAACACUGAGAAAAUGUUUAUUAAUCAACCUGAAAGUUAUUUGAGAGUGCAUUUUUCAAAAAUUGGUUAUAAUUUGUCAGAUGCAUUUCAUUUGAUUAAAGAAUUGGAAACAUUAGAAUAUAAGAAAUUUAAAAUUAUUUUUCUCGAGAUGGUUGGCAAAUUUUUUGACAUUGUUGCUAAUCCAAAUUUUUCCAAAUUUCGCGUAUUAUGCCACUCGGAUCUUGUAGCAUCAAAUCUAUUAUUUCGUUACAAUGAAAUCAAUGAACCUGUGACAUGUUGCUUUAUUAACUUUCAAUUCACCAAGUACUCAUCUCAAGCUUACGAUCUCUGGGGAUUUUUAUAUAUGAACACAACUGAAAAAAUGAGAAAUGAGAAAGUAGAUGUUUUUUGUAAAAUCUAUCAUGAAACAUUAUUUGAAAUUUUAAAUAACAAUCAAGUCGAUGCUUCUAUUAUUUUUCCAUAUUCUGAAUUUAAUGAUAUGAUGAAAAAAUAUCGAAUUUAUGGUUUAAUGCAGGGAAUUUUAAAUCUCUAUGAGGAAUUACGUAAAGAUUUAAAAUCUAAAUAUGGAAAAGAAUAUCGAGAUAUAUUAAUACAAUUGUGGAAUGAUUCAAUGGAAUUAUCAUGUGAAAAUAAUAAAAAAUAUAGAGAUUAUAAAAAAAGAAUAGUCGACGAAAUUGUUGAAUUGUAUUGGAUGACGAUGACGAUAUAAUCUUACGUUUUUAUUUUAUAUUUUUUUAUAUUUUAUUACAAUCAAAAAAUUUGCAUUUUUUUU